AGAGUGCAAGUUAUGGACCAGGACUAUGCUUUCCAUUAUGAAGGAGACAGUCUGUACAUAGACAAAGCGUACCCCCCGAGGGCGGGUUACGAGAUAGAUCAUGAGCCCGUGAAGGGUUAUCCUAGACUCUCAGUAGACCGAGCGCACACCAUGAAGGAUUUUGAGAAGCAGAUCACCGAGCUGAAGAAGGAAAACUUUAACCUAAAGCUGCGCAUCUACUUCCUGGAGGAGCAAGUGCAGAGACAUUGUGACAACAGCAGCGAGGAGCUCCACCGCAUGAACAUAGAGCUCAAGGUGGAGGUGGAGAGCUUAAAACACGAGUAUCAGGAGAAGCAAAACCUUCUUAUCAGAGCAUCUAAAGCCAUGGAAAGUCUCGCCGGAGAGCGCAAAUCGUCCAUUCAGCAGCUGAAAGAUGACCAUCUCAGGCAGCUUCAGGAGCUCCAGGAGGCCAAUCAACGAAAAGCUCAGCUGUUAGAAGAUGAACUUAAACAGGAGAAGGCAGAGCUGGAGAAAAUCUGCAGGCUGUUGGACCAGGAGCGCAUGCAAAGGUUUACUGCAGAAGAGAGGUUGCUGGCAGUCAAAGAACAGUACAACAAGAGCAUGGGCCUAUUGGAGGAGAGAGACUGGAUUAUACAAUGCCUCAAUGAGACUUUACGCUCCAAAGAUGCUUUAAAUACUCAGCUGGAGAAACAAAUUAACGCCAUGAUGCCGAGUGACACCUCCAGUCCGAGUGCGGCAAAUACUGUCGGCUUGCUCCCAGAAAGCGACCUGAAAGAAGGCCGCUCGCAGUCUCCGGGGCUAACGUGCAGGGACUGCCUGGCAACAAAAAGCUCAGAGGAGAAAGAAGAAAGCGUUAACGAGUGGCAAAAGAAAGUCAAAGAAAUGGGCAAUGUUAUAAAAGAGCUGCAGAAAAAACUGGACGACCACAAAGUGGGAUUUGCCGUCGAAGAGAAGAAUUCUGUGAAGCGGGACAAAGCUAUACAGGGCCUCACCAUCGCCCUGAAGAAAAAGAGCAAAGAAAACGACAAGCUCCUGAAAGAAAUUGAUAACCUGAACGCGGCCUUAGCUGAAGCAAGGGCUUCGGGCCUACGCCAACAAGGCCAGGGCCUCAAGAGCAACAGCGACCCCGAUUACAAGAAGCUGAUUUUAACCAUUCAGGCUCAGCAGGAUCUGUGUUCCCGGCUCCAUGAAUACGAGAGGGAAUCGGGAAGCCUGCAAAAAGAGUUUGACGCCAUUGUUAUGCUUCGUAAAUGGCUGGAGAAGGACAUCCAGUCCAACCAGGAACUGAGGAAGGUUUUGGAAGGCCAGAUCAUGGCAACGUAUAGAGAAAGCGAAACAAUGUCGUUUCUUGGGGAUCAGACGUCCUAUAUGAGUAUAUGCCUCGAUCACUUGGGUGACCAUAACCACCUUGUAGAUGGAAGUCUGGAAGCUGUUAACCGGCCUCACGUGAAAUCGGUGGAGACGCAAACGUCUCCUCUGACAGAAGAACACUUCAAUAGUCUACAGGGUGAGACGAUGGAGCUGUCUGUCAUUGAGAAGGAUACGAAAGAAGGAAGUGCUGCAGCUGUUGCCAUACAUCCCAAACAUGACCUUGCAGAGCACAGCCAAAACACGGCAUCGUCUUCCACACAGACCGAACUGAAGCGCUAUGCUGACAAAGGCGUUCUUGUUGACAUCUUUGCGCUUGGACAAGAAACCAUGGAAAGUAUUCAAAACGGAGCUAAAGAAAUCCUCAGUGCUUCAGACAGCCACCAGUCCACAUCGGACCUCAGUGAAGGCAGCUGGGAAAUACAGAGCGGCAAGCAACAAAAGUGUUUUUCAAACAACCAGACAAAAUCCAGAAUUCCGGUUCUUUUCACGUCUUUAAGCAAACGGCUUAAACCGGAGGCCUGCCUUGCCUCCAGAGAAACUGAGGCCUGCCUUGCCUCCAGAGAAACUGAGGCCUGCCUUGCCUCCAGAGAAACUGAGGCCUGCCUUGCCUCCAGAGAAACUGAGGCCUGCCGUGCCUCCAGGGAAACUGAGGCCUGCCGUGCCUCCAGGGAAACUGAGGCCUGCCGUGCCUCCAGGGAAACUGAGGCCUGCCGUGCCUCCAGGGAAACUGAGGCCUGCCGUGCCUCCAGGGAAACUGAGGCCUGCCGUGCCUCCAGGGAAACUGAGGCCUGCCGUGCCUCCAGGGAAACUGAGGCCUGCCGUGCCUCCAGGGAAACUGAGGCCUGCCGUGCCUCCAGGGAAACUGAGGCCUGCCGUGCCUCCAGGGAAACUGAGGCCUGCCGUGCCUCCAGGGAAACUGAGGCCUGCCGUGCCUCCAGGGAAACUGAGGCCUGCCGUGCUUCCAGGGAAACUGAGGCCUGCCUUGCCUCCAGAGAAACUGAGGCCUGCCUUGCCUCCAGAGAAACUGAGGCCUGCCUUGCCUCCAGGGAAACUGAGGCCUGCCGUGCCUCCAGGGAAACUGAGGCCUGCCGUGCCUCCAGGGAAACUGAGGCCUGCCGUGCCUCCAGGGAAACUGAGGCCUGCCGUGCUUCCAGGGAAACUGAGGCCUGCCGUGCUUCCAGGGAAAAUGAACACAACUGUCUCGUAGUAGAACUGCAAGAAGAAAACAGGAGGCUACUGGAAGAGUUAAAAUGUGUGAAACUUGAAAUGGAGGCACUUAAAUCAAAGAAAGAAAAAUCUAAAAGUACACAACUAGGCUUGGAUGAUACUGAUAACGUAGGGAUUGAGUCUUCAAGGCAAAUCUUAGAUGGAGGCCUACAAUCUGAGAUCGGACUCUCUGAACAGGUGAAAUGUGCACAGAUCAAGGUGGAAAAGCUUCAGCCAGUGGAAGAUGCUGGGAAACGCACCAAAUUCUCAUCCGAUUUGGAAAAGCCUGAAAAAGAGGGGAGGGGUUCUGUACAGCAGUCGUUGCAUGAAGGGCUACAGUUAUGGAAUGUCCAAGUUUCUGAGGAGCUGAAACCUGCACACUUGGAGAAUGAGGACCAUCCGUCAAGAGAAGCAGUGUCGGAGAACACGCCUACCAAAUCUGUUCGAGAUCAUGUAAAUACAGCGGAGAGAGAUUUGUCUGCACAAUCCCUACACGAGGAGUUGCAGCUGGAGAACCUCAGGCUUGCCGAGCAGCUACAUUAUGCGCAGAAGGACAUUGAGAAACUUCAAGCAAGGGAGGUGAAGUUAGAAAACAGAAAUGCUCUAUCUGAUUCGGAUAACUCGUAUACAUUAGAGAGAGACUUGGCUAUGAGUUCCCUGAUAGAAGAACUGCAGUUGGAAAACCAAAGGUUGGUUGAGCAGUUGAAGCGUGCUCGGGUGGAGAUCGAGAAGCUUCAGGAACAAAAAGCCUUACAAGAUAUCGACAGCAGCUUCAGGCUGGAAAAUCUAGACACCGAGGACAGAGAUUCCGAACAUUCUUUCCUGGAUAAAACCGUCACAAACGCCAUAAGUUUAACUGAAAUCCACAGCGUGAACCCGGGCUUUGAAGUCCAAGUCAACGGUGACAAUUUUACUUGCCAAAAUAUUUCCGGCCUUUGCUGCCAUCAUAACCGUUUCUGCAUAGAAUGUGCCAACAACCAAGAAACUCUCGUAGUUCAGUCUUCCAGCUUCAAGAAGGUCUCCACCAUAAAGAAAGAGUGCAAGCUUCUUACCGUGUCUCAUUCUCAUAGGCCGUUUGAAGACACCUCCCUGUCCAAGUACGAUCUGCUGGUACAGUCACAAGCUCGGGAGCUGUCUCAUCAAAGACAGAAGAUUAAAGAGAGUCACAACCUGAGCGUUGUGUGUUCAAAGAACUUUAUUAAUGUCAUGAAAGCCUACGAGGACCUCCUCUCUUCCUCUAGUUUGGAUUCCAACAUCGCUUUGGGCUUCCAGGAGCAACUCGCUCAAACCGUGGAGUGGCUGAAAGAGUUGGAAUAUAAACUUAGCGACGCUUACUACGGCGAAGACGAUGCCAACAGUGACCACUCAGCCGACAGCUUGUUGUAUACCCCGUCACGCCUGGUUCCUGGACACAAAAUGUGGGCAGAUAAACACGGUUGCCACGUGCUCGGCUUGGUGGAAGACUACAAUGCCCUGCGUAAGCAGAUCCUGGAAGCAAAAACUGUACUGGAAGAGACGGAGGCUUUCGUAGACCAUGGCGUGCAGACAGCCGUGCUAAACAUGACCGAACAUUUCGGCAAUGUCUUUUUUGAAAAACUCAACAGAACCAAACAGUCUCUGGAGGAGGCCAACUGCUUGCUGAAGCUCCUGUGGAGGGUAUCCCUACCCUUGCAGACCCACAGCUCCUCCUACAGCAUCCGCCAGGUUGAAGAGACGAACCUGGAGAUGACCCGGCUUCGGAAGAGGGUCAUGGAGCAAGAGAAGUUGUUGUCCGGGAUGGUGAAAAGGGUCUACUCUGAAAACCAAAUGAAGGAGGACAUUGAAAAGCUUAUUCUAAAUCAGCUCGCAAUGACUCACAAAAUUUUAAAGAGAGCGAAAGGGAAUCUAGUGGUUCAGGUAGUUGACAAGCAUUGAAAAGUAACCGCUGGUUUCAUUUUUCUAUAGAGUGAAGGAU